AUGAGUAUCAAUUCCUUGAAAGACUACUCCGUGAGGGCGAUCUCAGACAUUCUACCAUUGGAUAAGGAAACAUGUCUGGAGAUGGUUGACUAUGUCUUGACACUCUCAACAGAUCAUGACAUUAGAGAACAUUUCAUAAAUCUUUUAGGAGAAAGUGAUGAUGCAGUAAAUUUUAUUUAUAAAUUUAUAGACACAAAGAAUGAAAUAAAUAGAGCUGCAAAAAUAUCACAAAAGAAAAAAUUGGAAGAACAAAGGGCAGUGGCAGCAGCAAAAGCUGCGAAAUCAAGUGGACCCGCUUGGACUACUGAUUCAAAAGAAAAGACAAAAGUGAAUGAGUCUUCAGGUAAGGCUAGAUUAUCAACCAACAAAACAUCAGCAACAACUUCACAACUCUUGGAUAUAAAACCACCAAAGAAGGACGUUUCCAAACAAGGGGCGAAAAGAUCUAAAAAGAAAAAUCUUGAUAAUUUAAAAGAUAUUGAAGCAGUUUUAAAUGAAUUAGAGAUAAGUAAGGACUCUAUACAUGGGAAUGAAAUUGGAGGGAUAUCAGGUCCUCGAAGAGUAUGUAAUUGCAUGGCUACGCGUCAUCCAUUAUUUGAAGUGGCACCAAAUUGUUUAAAUUGUGGUAAGAUUAUCUGUUCUAAAGAAGGUAUACAACCAUGUUCAUUUUGUGGAUCUGAAUUAUUAUCUCCACAAGAAAAGUUGGAGAUUGCCAAUAUUUUACAACGAGAACGUCAAGAAUUAGAAACAAUCACACCAGCAUCCACACCACCACCACCAUCUAAACAAAGAAGUAAAAAAAUUGUAGUUACUAUGAAUCCUGGAGAAAAUUUAUGGAAGGCACAAGAUAGAGCAUUGAAACAAGCUGAUAUUGAAAAGAAGAAGGCCAAUGAAUUAUUAGCUAAACAACAAGAAGAAGCCAAAGAAUUAGAAGAACAAGUUCAAAAGAUUAAUGAGUAUGAAAGAACUCAAGGGGUAGAUCCAGCAUUAUUAAAGGCACAAGAAAGAUUAGAUACAUUAUUAAAUUUUCAAGCCACUGGAACUGAAAGAACAAGAAUUAUCGAUAAUGCAGCAGAUUUUGAAAUGCCUUCAUUCAAUAGUAGUGGAAGUAUAUGGCUUACACCAGUGGAAAGAGCAUUACAAUUGAAGAAACAACAGAAGCAACUUCGUAAACAUGAACAGACGGCUAGUGCACGUACUGGAAGAGGUAAAAAGGUUGUUGAAAUGGUAAUUCGUAAUGGGAAAGUUGUUAUGGUUGAAAAGCAAGAUGAUAGUAUAGAUGAUGAUGAUGGAACACCUGAAGAAUCAAAUGAAAUAAAAGAAUUAGAGGAUCAAUUGAAACAAAAGAAAAAAUUAGAAGAGGCUAAUCUUUCCAAAAAUACAUGGGAUUAUGAAAAGGAUUCUACUAUAUGGGAAAAGCCGGUUUAUAUCGGAGAAUCCAAGGAAGUUCCAACUGAAAAUGAUGAAUUGGAAUUGAAGGCACGUGUACAACUAUCAAACGAUGCUGAAACCAAUGAAUUAUUAGCAUAA